AUGGCAACGCUUAUUGAUAAUUAUGAACAGCAGUACGCGGUUCUUACUGCUGAUAUUACGGCUAAAAUUGGCAGAAUUAAUGUCGUUAGUGGAGGUGAAAAAAGGGCCUUUGUUCAGGAUGUCGAUCGACAAUUGGAAGAGGCACAGGAAUUGUAUUUUAAAAAUCAAUUGACGGCACUGUUUUUGAGCAAUUAA